ACAGAGUUAGCACGAGCAAGUUAGCUUCCAGCAGCUGUCGGUGGCAGUCAGUCAGCCAACCAGUCAGUCCGAGUGGUGGUGCAUUUGUAAUCACCAUCUUCCUCCUCCUUCCCUCCCAUAGCAAAGCCGUGGACGGCCCGGUUGUUACUUUGGGAGCCAUCUGCUUCAUCUCUCCGGGCCACCUACGGUAAAGUAUUGUUGUCCUCGUCGUCACGACAGGAAGACGCCCUGGGACAUGGCCAGACCAGAACAAGUCCUGGUGCUAGAGCCACAACACGAACUGAAAUUCAGAGGUCCGUUUACAGAUGUUGUCACGGCCACUCUGAAGCUCACCAACCCCACAGAUAGAAAUGUGUGUUUCAAAGUCAAGACAACUGCACCUCGCAGAUACUGUGUGCGCCCGAACAGUGGCAUCAUUGAUGCUGGAACCUCCAUCAAUGUCUCUGUUAUGCUACAGCCAUUUGACUAUGACCCCAAUGAAAAGAGUAAACACAAAUUCAUGGUGCAGUCCAUGCUGGCUCCAUACGACAUGACUGACAUGGAAGGAGUUUGGAAGGAAGCAAAACCUGAAGAACUGAUGGAUUCAAAGUUGAGAUGUGCAUUUGAGAUGCCUUUAGAAAAUGACAAAACUCAUGAGAGUGAAAGCAACAAAACUGUGUCUUCCUCUACCUCCUCUCUUAAGAAUGAGCUCUCCACGCUGCCCAAGUCGAGCAGCGCCUCUCUGGAUGACGGAGAGGUGAAGAAGAUCAUGGAGGAGUGCAAGCGGCUGCAGAUGGAGGUGCAGAGGCUACGGGAAGAAAACAAACAGAUCAGGGAGGACGACGGACUGCGGAAGAGAAAGGUGACCUCAGUGGCCGCUUCUCACUCUUCUUCUAUGGCAACCUCAUCCAUGAGGGACGAGGGCCUAAGCACCCGCAUCUUGGCGCUCUGCGUGCUCUUCUUUGUCAUUGGAGUCAUCAUUGGCAAGCUGGCCCUGUAGAGACACAGACAGACAGAGCACAGUGACAGACGGAUGGACGGAUGGCUUGCUCGGGAGGACACGUGUCCAUGUUGGCAAAGGGGAUAUCUUCUGGGUUUAUGUUGAUUUCUUUCUUUGUUGUUUUUCUUUUUUUUUUUUUUUUUUUUAAAAAAACCUUUAAGGCAAUACAGUGAUGGUUUAUCUGGAUGGAAGAUAAUUUAAUGUGUUGAAAUGAAAACGAAAUAAGCAGAUCCCAAGCUAAACCAUGAGUGCGAGCGUUUUUGUCACAGGUUCUUGCCUCUUGUUUUUUUUUGUUUGUGAAAUAAUCACCACCUCUGAUCUGUUCUUUCCGUCCAUCCAUUCUUCCUAAAUGAUCUUCCGCAACUUCACAGGUAUCAGUUAAUGGUGUGUGGAAGUGGCUUCACUCUGGAUGAAUGUCUGAAGUCUUUAUUGAUUCUUAAUUCUUGAAAUUUCCUUAGUCACAUUGUCUAUAAAAAAGAUUCACACACUCCUCUUCUGAUAAAUCUCUCUUCCACCUAUUGCUGUUAGUCUGCUCAAAGAGGUGAUUUAAGUGAUCAGUGAAAGAUGUAUUUCUAGACUCAAACUCAGUGUGUUGUCUUCUAAACAGUAUUUGGUUUAAAAAGAAAUAUGAUCCAGUAGAAGCUGUGUGUGUGUGUGUCUGUCUGCCUGUUUUCAUGAUUUUGACCUCCUGCAGGAGGGCUGAUGUGACUGCGUCUGGAUGUUCUCAUGUGGAGGAGACCACAAAUGGUGAACUCACAGGCUGUUUUAGAACGAAGGAAGAGGGGUGGCUUAAAACACAACUGUCAUCAGUACAGAUUUCCUGUUCGCGACAGAAAACGGAGGGUGUUUGUUGUAAAUCCAACUUAAUCUUUUGAUCAGUUCAGCUGCUGGCCAGACCAAGGAAUCAGUAGAAAUUCUGCAAAUCUGAUUUUUGCCCUUUUGUUAAGUAAUAGCUUUGUAAAAUCAAUAUCAUGAUAAAGAAUCUGAGCAGCAAAGUGAUCUACUUCAGUAAUGAUGCUUUAAUUUAGGUCAAGACAUCCAAUUUCCCAGUUGACAUUUUAAUUUCCUUCCCUUAAUCAUUUCCUCACGUUGAGAGACAAAAAAGACAAAAAAAAAAAAAAUUCCCUUUCAAGCAGUGAACUUAUCGUACAAAACCAACUCGGACAUUUUCGAUGUAUAACAUACCGUACUACGUACAGUAGUUUUGGCCACCUUGUUUCAUUUUGCCCAUGGAGUAUUGUAUUUGCGUCCUCUAGUGUAUAAUAACAGAUGUUUGCUUUUUUUCAUCUAUUAUCAUGUAGCCACAAUGCUUCUGUUUAUAAUAUUCAACUACACUAUAUUCGAGUGUCCACUCUGCAGUCUGCAUGAAGUGAUCUGGAUUUAUUAUGGUUAUUAUUAUUAUUUUGAGUGUUGAAGUUAUAUUAGCAAAACAAACAAAAAAAACUUUCGUCUUUUGCAAAAGGGACCAUGAACAGUCUGGUUUAUCGGUUUGUGUGUGUUUGCUUCAUUUCUAUUAAUUUUUUCUUUUGUUUCUUGUUGGGCUCUGGUGGUUGUGAGACAACUGAGACAACAUAGCUGUAUUAUCUCAACUAUCACAUGAUCAUCAGAGCAGGUUGUUUAAAAAAAGAUCUGUAAUUUUUGUUGCCUGAGGGAGCUCAGGGAGUGGAGAAGUGGAAAUGUGGGUGGCUGGGAGGAGGACUGACCUGUGAAUACACACUACAUUAAAGAAAUAAAAAAAGGCAUCAGUGCUUCAGACCACACAAGCAAAGAUAAAGUCACACAACAAUGUAAUCACACAGUAAUUGGAUACUCUUUUGUAUGUACAUAAAAAUAAAAAUACUUAAAAAGA